UUCAGACUUCCAUAGAACUCUGGCGGAGUUGGGCGUUGAUGUCUUGUCAAAGAGAGCCCUCGAGGCGUAUGUUCGACGAAUAAUAAUUGUGUAUUUGUUUUCACAAGAAAAUGCCAAUGACACCUGCUAUAACGGGGAUGGAGGAACAGGAGAAAUUGCUAGAAGAUGCAAUUGGAGUCGUAAAAGUCCAAGCUUUUCAGAUGAAACACUGUCUGGACAAAUCCAAACUAAUGGAUGCGCUAAAACAUGCCUCUACCAUGUUGGGAGAACUUAGGACUUCCCUUCUAAGUCCAAAAAGCUAUUAUGAAUUGUAUAUGGCAAUCACAGAUGAAUUACGGCACUUGGAACUUUAUUUGUUGGAUGAAUUUCAAAAAGGAAGAAAAGUUACAGAUCUUUAUGAAUUGGUACAAUAUGUUGGCAAUAUUGUACCUAGACUGUAUUUACUUAUCACUGUUGGCCUGGUUUAUAUCAAGACAACACUUGGUUUGAAAAGAGAUCUUCUGAGAGAUCUUGUAGAAAUGUGUAGAGGCGUGCAACAUCCACUGCGUGGUCUAUUCUUAAGGAAUUAUUUGUUACAAUGCACAAGGAAUAUUUUGCCAGAUGUCACCGAGGGUGAUGAUGAAGAUGGAACUGUUCGUGACAGCAUAGAUUUUGUUCUGAUGAAUUUUGCAGAAAUGAAUAAAUUGUGGGUACGUAUGCAACAUCAAGGUCAUAGUAGGGACAGAGAAAGAAGAGAGAGGGAACGACUUAGUCAAUUAGAAUCUGCAACAUUGGAUAAAUACAAAAAGCUUGUAUUGCCGGGAAUCUUGGAGCAAGUCGUUAGUUGUAGAGAUGCAAUAGCACAGGAAUAUCUUAUGGAGUGUAUAAUUCAAGUCUUUCCUGAUGAAUUCCAUUUACAAACGUUAAAUGCAUUUUUGAAGUCGUGUGCAGAAUUGCAAAAUGGAGUAAAUGUUAAAAACAUAAUUAUAUCAUUGAUUGAUCGACUUGCAGCCUUUAGUCAACGAUCCGAUGGUGUAGGAGGACCGGGAAGUCCUAAUCAAGUGCCAGGAAUUCCACAAGAUGUCAAAUUAUUUGACGUAUUUAGUGAUCAAAUUGCAACUAUCAUACAGACAAGACAAGAUAUGCCUCCUGAAGAUAUUGUGUCCCUCCAAGUGGCUCUUAUAAACUUGGCACAUAAAUGCUAUCCCGAUCGUGUAGAUUACGUAAAUAAAGUUUUGUUUACAACAGUUCAAAUAUUUCAGAAACAAAACGUCGAUAAAUUGGAGUACAAUAGUGCUGUUUCAAGAGAACUAGUUAGAUUAAUGAAAAUUCCCAUAGACAAUUAUAAAAAUAUAUUAACAGUGCUUAAGCUUGAACACUAUGCGCCUCUUUUGGAUUAUUUCGAUUAUGAGGGCAGGAAAUCACUAGCUAUAUAUAUAAUAACGAAUAUUUUGGAGAAUGAAACAUUGAUUCCAAUGCAAGAGCAAGUAGAUGCAGUGCUCUUCAUGGUAUCUUCCUUGGUGCAAGAUCAAUCAGAUCAACCUAAUAUAGAAGAAGAUCCUGAAGAUUUUGCCGAAGAACAGGGAUUGCUCGGAAGAUUAAUACAUCAUUUUAGAUCGGAAACACCAGAUCAGCAAUAUAUGAUACUAAGUGCUGCAAGGAAGCAUUUCAGUGCUGGUGGUAACAAAAGAAUAAAAUUCACUCUACCUCCCAUAGUUUUCCAAAGUUAUCAAUUAGCAUUUACAUACAAAGCACUGAAAGAUCAGGAUGAUAUGUGGCAAAAAAAGUGUCAAAAAAUUUUUCAGUUCUGCCACACGACUAUCACAGCAUUGAUGAAGGCUGAAUUAGCCGAACUACCCUUAAGACUAUUUCUACAAGGCGCAAUAGCAAUCGGUGAAAUCCGUUUUGAUAAUUUUGAAAUGGUAGCUUAUGAAUUCAUGAGUCAAGCAUUUUCGAUAUAUGAAGAUGAAAUAAGUGACUCGAAAGCUCAGCUCGCAGCUAUUACCUUGAUUAUUGCUACAUUCGAGCAAAUGAGUUGUUUUGGCGAAGAAAACGCAGAGCCUGUACGCAAUCAGUGCGCUUUAUAUGCUAGCAAAUUAUUAAGAAAACCUGAUCAGUGUAGAGGAGUCGCUACUUGUUCACAUAUAUUUUGGUCUGGAAAAUCUUUGGCUACGGGCGGAAAAGAGAUGCAAGAAGGCGGCAAAGUGUUGGACUGCUUAAAAAAAGGUAUUAGGAUAGCAAGUCAGUGCAUGGACACGUCUGUGCAAGUACAACUGUACGUGGAGCUGCUGAAUCAUUACAUUUAUUUCUACGAAAAAGGAAACACAGCUGUAACUGUGCAAAUAUUAAAUCAAGUGAUUGCUAAAAUUAGAGAGGAACUUCCUAAUCUGGAAACGAGCGAAGAAACCGAUCAAAUUCAGAAACAUUUAGCAAAUACGUUAGAACAUUUAAGAAAUAGGAUGGAAUCGCCAGAUUCCGAUGGACUUUCUUAUCAAGGUCUCGUUCUUUAAUAAUGCGAAAUCGGCAUUGUAAUUUUGUACAUAAAGUAUUUCUAUAAUAUAGACAAUAUAUUGUAGUUCAGUUGUAUCAACAACAGUUAAGGGCAUCUUAAAGACGAUUAGUCGUAGUGUAAAUGUAAGUCUAUGAAUUAUAUUUCGCAAGAUUGCACAGCUUUUAUAUGAAGCAAAUGUCAUGACAGCUCUGUAGCGCUAAUUGAAUUAAGAAAUGGUAAAGAUCUCAAUUUGGAAACUGUCGUUCUCAGUAUAAAUUCCACAUCACAGACACGUAUUAAUACGUAUACUUUAAUCUUGGAAAAGGAUUUUCGAAUUUGAA